UCUGGCGUCCACCCCACCUCUCUCCCCUCUUCAAAUAAUCACUUCCCAAAACCCAAAGCAAAUAAAUUCCCCACCAUUCCACCCUUUCCCCAAAACCCAAAACCUCAGUAUUCUAGUCUCCACACCCGGACUUUUAAGCCAAAAAAAUGCUACUUGUGUCCUUACAACCACUACUACAACCAUCAUUUUCCUUAGUUGUGGUGGUGCUACUACUAUUGCUGCUAAACCUUUCUUUUUUGCCAACUUCAGCCACCACCGAAACCGCCACCUCGGCCGGCCAUGCAAUACCUUACCCAGCCUUCGAACACUUCCCUGUAAGAGAAACCAUCUUGGCUACCAAAAUAACGAAAAUCCAGACAAUACCAACGGAUGUGUUAGACGAUGAACUGAACCAAGAACACAAGCAAAAUCAUAGUAGUGGUGAUGGAAAGAAUGAGAAGUGGAGGCUUAAGCUGCUUCACAGAGAUAAGAUGGGAUAUUCCCAUUUUGUUGAUCAUCAUGACCGUUUUCAUGCCCGCAUGAAAAGGGACGUCAAAAGGGUUGCUGCCAUCAUUAGUAAAAUUUCCGGUAGCGGGGCCGCCGCAGCAGCCGCCACCAAUGGUGGCGGUGGGGAGAGUAAAGAAGCUACAAAUAAUUAUGGGGUGGAGGAAUUUGGGACGGAGGUGGUGUCAGGGAUGGAGCAGGGGAGUGGAGAAUAUUUUGUUAGGAUUGGCGUUGGUAGUCCACCAAGGAACCAAUACAUGGUCGUUGAUUCCGGCAGUGACAUUGUGUGGGUCCAAUGUCAACCUUGUAAUUUGUGUUACCACCAAUCCGACCCGGUUUUUGACCCGUCUCUUUCCGCUUCGUUUGCUGGGGUUUCUUGUGGAUCCUCAAUAUGUGAUCGGGUCGAAAACUCCGGAUGUCAUUCAGGUCGGUGCAAAUAUGAGGUUAUGUAUGGUGAUGGAUCAUACACAAAGGGCACACUGGCCCUCGAAACACUUUCUUUCGGUGGUACCACGGUCCAAAAUGUGGCUAUCGGAUGCGGUCAUAUGAAUCGGGGCAUGUUUAUUGGAGCUGCCGGCUUAUUGGGUCUUGGAGGAGGAUCCAUGUCGCUUGUGGGUCAGUUAGGUGGGCAAACGGGUGGAGCAUUUACUUAUUGUCUUGUAAGUCGGGGCACCAGCUCGUCCGGGUCAUUAGAGUUCGGACGCGGAGCAUUACCCGUGGGUGCUGCAUGGGUACCGUUGCUUCGCAACCCACGGGCCCCGAGUUUCUACUAUAUCGGGCUGUCGGGUUUAGGGGUCGGAGGCAUGCAGCUACCCAUAUCCGAAGAUGUUUUUCGGUUAUCCGAAUUGGGAGAUGGUGGUGUGGUGAUGGACUCCGGCACAGCCGUCACAAGGCUUCCUACGGCAGCUUAUGUGGCUUUUCGCGAUGCAUUUCUCACGGAAACCGCCAGCCUUCCCCGAGCUCCCGCCGUUUCAAUAUUCGACACGUGCUAUGAUUUGAACGGGUUUGUAACGGUUCGGGUACCAACAGUAUCAUUUUUCCUCUCGGGCGGGCCAAUCCUGACCCUUCCGGCUAGAAAUUUUCUAAUUCCAGUGGAUGAAAGGGGUACCUUCUGUUUUGCUUUUGCUCCAUCACCCACGGGACUUUCCAUAAUAGGAAACAUCCAGCAAGAAGGCAUUCAAAUUUCUUUUGAUGGAUCAAAUGGAUUUGUAGGAUUUGGACCUAAUGUUUGCUGAGCCAAAAAUUGUAAAAAGUGAGUUUUGCUUAGUCUAAAGUUUAGUGGGAUAUAUUGUACUAGGAUACAAGGUUACAAUUAUUAAUAUGACAUGUAUGGUAUGAAUAUUAUAUGGUUCUUUUGUUC